CUUGGCGCGAAAAUUUUCACAACAAGACAAGAUGGCGUCCCCGGCCAAGAGAACAAAAGUCGUCAAAAAUGAACAUAGCUCGUCUAGAAAAGCCCGUAAAAGCGCCACCAAUGGAGCCUUUAGAUUGGAAAAGCCUCCUAGUGCAAAAGGUUUCGUUGAUGGCUCGAUUUAUAGAGUUAAAAUGAAGAAUUUUGUUACCUAUGAUGAAUGCGAAUUCCGUCCUGGUCCUCAUCUCAACGUUCUAGUUGGGCCAAAUGGUACUGGGAAGUCCACAGUUGUCUGUGCUUUGUGUCUUGGUCUGGCUGGCAGUCCAAAACUGUUGGGAAGAGCAUUUGAGGUUGGUGAAUUUGUAAAGCAUGGCCAUCCUCAAGCCUUAAUAGAAGUUGAACUAUUUAAUUGUAGUGGUAAAAAUUAUGUGAUAACAAGAGAGAUUUACCGAGAAGGCAACAGGUCAAACUGGAAACUAAAUGGCAAACCUGCCACCAUGAAAGAGGUCCAAGAGGUCACUACCAUGUUGAAUAUACAGAUUAGUAACUUAUGCCAGUUUCUGCCACAGGAUAGGGUGGUGGAAUUUGCUAAGAUGUCUCCACAGCAGCUUUUGCUUGCCACUGAAGUAGCUGUUGGACCUAUAGGAAUGAGUGACAACCACCAGCAGCUCAUUGAACUGAGAAAAAAAGAAAAAGAACUGGAGUUGUCACUAAAGGAAAAGACAGAUCACUUGGACAAGCUGAAGGAACAAAAUCAACAACUUGAGCAUGAAGUACGAAGAUUUCAAGAAAGAGAGCGGCAUUUGGAGAAAGUACAAAUCCUGGAGAAAAAGAGACCAUGGGCUGAAUAUGAAGAAGCAAGAGUGAAAUUUGUGGAACUGAAGAAUCUCAGAGAAGAGGCAAAGAAGAAACGGGACAUUACCAAGAGACAGAAUGCACCAAUGCAACAGAAUCUGAAUGCAGUGGAAGCAGAACUAAAGGAACUAGAUGCUGCUAUGAAGCAACAGAAUGAUAAUGGGAAUGAGGUCAUUCGAAAAGCUAAAGCAAAAAGUGACCAGCUAGAAAAGCUAAAUGACCAGGUUGAAGAGCAUAUAAAUCAACUGAAAGACAUGAAAGAUCAGGAAAAACGCAGAGAAAAGAAAAUUGCAGAUUUAGAACGACAGAUACAGGGUACCCAAAAUGAACUUGAAAAGCUUCCAGAUCAAUCAGACUUGCAGCCCCAAAUUGAUGAAGUUACUAACAAUGCCAGGAGGAUCAAUAGAGAACUGACUGGCAUUCAGCAACAAGGAAGCAGGAUUUUGGAUGAAAAACGACACCUUACUGCCCAGACGCAGGAUGUAACAAGUAGGUUGAACAAACUGGAGGACAUGAAGAAAUUGAGAUUACAGUAUCUACGCAAUCACAACAGGGAUACUUAUAAUGCAGUGAUGUGGCUUAGAGAAAACAAGGACAAAUUCAGCCACCCUGUUCAUGAACCAAUACUAUUACAGGUGAAUAUGCAUGAUGUGAAUAAUGCAAAAUAUCUGGAGAAGCUGAUAUCCAGUAAUGAUCUAAGAUCAUUUGUGUUUGAGAGCAGAGACGAUAUGAAGCUGUUCUUUAAUGAGGUCAGAGAUAAACAGAAUUUAAAAGUAAAUGGUGUUACUCCUCCUGAUCAUCCGCUGUCUAGCUUCAAACCAUCUCGUAACAUUGAAGAUUUAAAACAAUAUGGUUUUCAGUGUUACCUAAAGGAACUCUUCACAGCCCCAGAUGCUGUCAUGAAGUAUUUGUGUGAUACAUACAAAGCACAUGAAAUUCCUUUAGGAAAUGAUUGGACAACUAAUAAUGCAGAAAAGGUUAUAAAUGAAUCUGGAAUAAUGCAUUUCUACACUCCAACAUCAAGAUAUAUUGUAAAAAGGUCCAAGUAUGGUAACAGAGAAAGAUCAACACUUGUAGAAAAUAUCAGAGAUGCAAGAUUUUUCAACAUUGCUGUUGACAUGGUAGCAAAGAGACAACUUGAGGCAGAACUACAGGAAGUGAAAUCACAGCUUCAAACUAUGAAUGCAAACUAUCAACAACUAAAAGAACAAGAAACAGCAUUAACUUCACAACUUGAAGAACUGAGAAACUCCAAGAAAACACUGACUUCUCAACUUCAGAGGAGAAGAACACUUGCAAACCAGUUGGAAAACAAGCAAAAAACGCUGGAGACAGUCAAAAAUGAAGCACCAAACCUUGAGGCAGAGGAAGCAAAAGUACAGAAAGCAAUAGAUAAGACAAAUAGCAAGAGAGCUGAAGUAUUGGUGCAGUUCAAAGAUGGCAUCAAGCAAUGUGUAAAUGUUUGCAAAGAGAAGGUCAGAAUCAGCCUUCAACAUGCUAGACUUAGUGCAGAGAAAACAAGGAUUGGUAAUCAGUUCAGAGAAGCACAAGAGCAAGUCAAAAAAGCAGAGGAUGAAUAUGAGGCAGCACGAGCUAAUUUAGAGAAUCAGCGCCGUAGAGCUAGAAAUCUGAAGAAAACAGCCCAUGACAAAACUGGUAUUCCUGAGGGAGAAGAAGUACCUUCAAGCCUGCGAGAUGCGUUUAAGUUGUAUCCAGACACGUUAGAUGAGAUAGAUGAACUGAUCCAUGAGCAGAGCGCAAGAGCUGAGUGUAACUAUCAAACAGAUCCUGGGGUAGUGAAAGAGUAUGACAAGAGAAAGAAGGAUAUAAAUAACAUUACUACGCAGGUGGAAUCUCAGGAAAGUGACCUUCAGUCAAAGCAACAAGAAAUCAAUGAUCUAAAAGAAAGGUGGCUUACACCAUUGGAAGAUCUCAUCAGUAAAAUCAACAUCAAAUAUGGACAGUUCUUCCGCAUGAUGGGAUGUGCAGGAGAAGUUUCCCUUGCCAAGGACCAGGGAGAAAAUGAAUAUGACAAGUAUGGAAUACAGAUCAGAGUGAAAUUCAGAGCAAAGGAUUCACUACAUGUGUUAAAUCCCCACCAUCAGAGUGGAGGAGAACGCAGCGUUUCUACCAUGCUUUACCUCAUGUCUAUACAAGAAAUGACUAGCUGUCCUUUCCGAGUAGUUGAUGAAAUCAACCAGGGUAUGGAUCCCAACAAUGAGAGGCGUGUGUUUGAGUUGGUGGUUCAAACAGCCUGUAAAGAGGACACAGCUCAAUAUUUCCUUAUUACUCCCAAGCUUUUGCCAGAUUUAUGCUACACUGAUAAAAUGACAAUAUUAUGUGUGUUCAAUGGACACUGGAUGUUACCACAUACUAAAUGGAACUUACAAGGAUUCAUUAAAAAAAGGAGAGCGCUAUCAGCAGCAUAACUGGUUACUCUAUCAGAUGGUCUCCAUGGUAACAUCCUCAAGACACUGCCAUUCUAGUGUUGGAUUACGUUGUAAAUUUUAUGAGCUAUUAUCAUCCAAGGUAGUAGUUAGUUUUUUGUUUCUGUUCAAGAAUUUGACACCCAGUAUAAAAGAGAGCUAUUUUUUGUGUUCACGAAUUUAACACAAGGACAAAAGCUCUCUCCACUACAUUAUUUGUAUUUAUGCAAGAUACACCCUGGCUGUUUGAGGUUGGGUCUGUCAGACUGAUGCAGUUAAUCCUGCAGGACACUGUCAGUGAAGGUAAUGCCCACUCUCAAGCCAUUGGUUACAGUUCAUUCAUCUAUUUCACAGCAGAAUCUUCUUGGUCUCUCUAUUUCUAUACUCUGUUCGCACUUAAAGGGGUUUAAACACCUUAAUAAUUAUAGGAUAAUUGGAUAAAACUAGAAUGGGAUUUUUGCCUGCCAUUUGGCCCUGCUGCACAAAAAUAUCUUAAUCCACUCUCAAUGAUUUAUUUAAUGCAGAAAUUGUGUCCCAACGAUAAAAUCAUGAUUUUUUUGUAAUAUAUUAUUAGUACACAAUUUACCAAGUAUUUUGUUUCUGUAAACAGAUGUCCAGUUAUUAGAAUUUAAAUCAAGUUAAAUGAUAUAAAACAAAGAAUCACUAAUAUGGAAAUAAACUAUAUAGGUUUUGCACCAUUGUGCCCACGCCCACAAUACAGCUUGGACUCAGAUGGCAGAACAAUAAAAUGCCUUUUCUCUUGGAAAUUGAAUUCUUUUAUUUAAAAUGAUUGUAUUGUUCCUGCCAUCUAACAUGACUGCCGUCACAUGAUGGUGCAAAACCAAUAUUUGGAUAGAGUCAUUAAUAAUCAAACUUAAUAAAAUUAACUCACUUUAAA